AUGAGUGAUCCGAAUCAGGCCAGCACCUCAGCACAGUCUGAAACUACUAACCCGGCACACCAUGAGCAUUAUCAUGGUUUACCCGUCGGCUCUUUCACCGAUCAAAAACUACGACAUGCCUCCGCCCAUCACUUGCAUAUGACAAAUCGUCGCUUCUUCAUAGGGCCAAUUCCAGAGGGUUGGCUUCAUGACCAUCGAAAGUCGUGGUACAAAUCAAGGCUUCGGUUCAAGAAUUAUACCUCGAAGAAGGUUUCGUUCUCAGUUGACCCCGUGACUCGUCACUACACCCAACUAGAUAUUAGCCAGAGCCAGGGCAACAGCGAACCAACGGCUCAACCCUUGAAUGAGAAUAUCACUCUCACAUUCACGCGCACAAACAACGACUCUGAGUUGGAAGAUGAAUCUGGUUUAUCUGAACAAGAAAUAGUCGAAGGAAGCACCGGGGAUCUCCGUACAGUCUUCUUUUCUGCACUUGGGGAGGAGGAAGAGGCAAAUGGGAAUGAAAAUGGGCUUGGGAUUGACAUCGGAGCUGAAAGUGCCGCUUCAAUUGACAGCUUGCCCUCAGACUCUGAUAGUACACCCCGGCCGAGUCGAGCAGGCGAAAGAGAACAAAAUGAUGUGUACGAUAACGGCGCCGCUUCGUCUUCGUUCGUUACAGCAAGGGAGAACGCAUUCAGUCCACCAGAUACAGAUCAGAUAUCGGUGUCAACAAUACGUGCUAACCAAACACUUUCCGUCCCCGGAGCUCAACCAAAAUCGAAAGCAGAGCGGAGCAUAAGAAUCGCAGAUCCUCGCGCCACAAGUCCGUUGAGUUCUGUUGCUUCUGCAGGAGUGAGCGAAGCCGAUUCCACUACCCAAUUGCUGAAAGGAAAACAAAAAGAGCAGAAGUUGAAAUCUAAAACUUCGGGAAUUUCUCGGAUGACACUGGAGCACCAGGAACCGCAGGACGAAGGAGAUAGCCAGGAAGACAAAUCAGAUCAUGAGGGACGAAUUACGAAGAAAAUGGCUAGAUUCAACAUUGAUGAUAAGGUAAUGCACAGGCAACAGAGGUUGCGUAACCGCAUUGCUAAGACUCAGGAUACAAUUUCUGCGAAUCGACCCCGGAGGCGAAAAGUACAAAAUGGGGAGAUUGUCAAGGCUGAGAAAAUGCUAGUUCUCGUUGAAGAGACGAUGCAAGACACUCUGCCUGACAACUACACCGAGAAUGAUAGCCUUCGCAUGGAGACUCGGACUGCGGAUAAAUGGCGGGAGUUCCUGGUUGUUUGUCGGAAAAGCUCUGCAGAGCAUGUGCCGUUUUCCCUGCAAAUGUACCGCACGCGCGUGAUACCAGACAUGCAAAGUAAGAAUAACAAAACCCCGCCUUAUCACGAAAUAGGGCUCAACCAUAAGACCACUGGGGUCAACUUCUACUCGACACUUGAUAAGACUCUUGUGCUUUGGCGUCCUAGCAAACACGGCACAAAGAUAUACAUUCUCCGUCCCAAGUCGUCAGCGCAUGCGGCUGAAUGGUAUACUUUCAUCCGCCAGCUUUUAGGCUGGCGCCGCCCAAACAAACUGCCCAUCAAUGUGCCUGACCUUGGAGUGUCGUUGAUCUUCAAGAAUCCAUUUCAGAAGUUGGAGGCUGAAUUAGGAAUCUCGCCAAAUGAUGCUCAGCAUACCACCAUUCUAAGUCGAUCCGCCGCUGGUAAUUUAGCUGCCGAGUCCAUCAUUAGAACCUGCAUCAAGAUGCUCGAGGGCCAGCCUGAGUGGGCUGAGGUCUUGAAGACUUGGUCCAAAACAGAGAAGAUGGGUCUUGCCUGGAAACGGUAUGACCGUCUCGAAUGGGUGUUUGGCGUCAACGAAGAGAACAUGUAUGGCACGAUAGCGAUGCAGUCAUCACAUGAGCUUGAACUUCGGCCGCGGCACCACUACUCCACAACAGUCAACACUGAAGACAAGAAAGAAGAGGAGCCGCCGCCAGUCGAGGGAUUCUUGAUUCGGCUGACAUCUCAAAAAGGUGUGCAUCAGUGGAGGAACAAGAUUUUUUUCAAAAGACUGUACUUUUUCACAGAAGACCACCACUUGUUAUUCUGCAGGCCAGCCAAGGCAUACCCUCCUGCACCACCAAAACUAUCACCAACUGACGAAACGACCAUACCCUCCCCUCGUGAAAUCCUGAAUGAGGCACCUAUCUCUUGGGACAUCGAUCCGUACCCAGUACAAGAUGGGGAUGUUGCAUGGCUCACCAGUGGAAACCCUGAAUAUGUUCAACGGCAUGACGAGGAAGCCUACGCUCAGAUGAAGAGGAACGCACACAACAUGAUCAAUUCAGAUGGAUAUAUCGAUCUUUGCAAGGUUCGUGAGGUGCGUCAUAUCCACCGUGGAAGUUCUCCAGCCGAUGCGAACAUACAAGAUGGGCCUGCUGUGGACUUCAAUCCCGAAGCCGCGGACUCUCGGCAAGAGGACGGUGCAACCAAACAAUUUGAGGACGAUCGAAUUUUUGAAAUGGUUUUGGAGAAUGAUCUGAUUGUCCGUCUUCAGGCAUAUGACGUUGACACUUGUAAUGAAUGGGUCAAUAGACUGGACGCCUUGGUGAAGUAUUGGAGAGCGCGCACCGCAGAUGAUACCGCAGAGUUCCAGGCUGUACGCCAACGUAACCUUAAGCUUUUGGAUAUCGACGAGGAGACGGAAUCAAUCAUGGGACAGUUUGCUGAUAAGUGGGAGGUUAAAAAAGCUGAGGCUUCGCCUCACUUGCAUAACAUGUGUUCUCUCUCAGGUUGUCGGAUCAUCAGGAUGUCCGGUCAGCUCUACCGGAAACCCCGUCGCCGUGGCACCUUUGCCAGAUGCCACGUUCUUCUUACAGAUGGGAAAUUACUUAUCUUCCGCAGCACCCUCCGCAAGCAGAACGGUGUUCAAAUCCCACACAUUCACCAAGAUCUCGAAACAACCAUUGACCUCAGCGAUUGCUACAUCUACUCCGGACUUGUCACUGAGAGCGAUUUGCUAUAUGCCAACCAGACUUUUGACAGUAAUAACCCAGGUGUUCACGCCUUACCUCGAAUAUAUUUAGCUUCCGACGGUUUCACUAGCCGUGACGAAGACGCAGCUAUCACAUUCGUUAUUUGGCAACCUCUCAAGAAAAGCUACUUCCGUGCCCAAGAGCAGGAUGCACAAGGGGAAGCUAAACGGUCCCUAAGACAUGUCUCAACGUUGGGAAAAUAUGGCCGCACUAUUGUGUUCAAGGCCCGUAGUCGUGUUGAGAAGGACAGAUGGGUGUUGAGUAUCUCUUCUGAGAUCGAUCGUCUCCAGGAGGAGAAUCAUGAAGACAUUCGCAUUGUUUCUCAGUAA